AUGAACGUGAUCCAGGAGAUAAAGCGCAUCAACGAGCGGGAGCUCGAGCAAGGGGUGUCCGGCAAGGCCUCAUGGCACCACGAGUACAAGGACAGUGCGUGGGUCUUCGCUGGAGGCUUUCCGUACGACCUCACCGAGGGAGACAUUCUUUGCGUUAUGUCACAAUGGGGGGAGAUCGAGGACAUUAACCUGUGCCGAGAGAAGGAUACAGGGAAGUCCAAGGGGUUCUGCUUCAUCAAGUACGAGAACCAGAAGAGCACCAUCCUCGCCGUGGACAACUUCAACGGCAUCGACCUGUUGGGUCGCACGAUUCGAGUCGACCACAAGCACAAGUACUCCCUGCCCGCCGAGGUGAGGGAGAAAGCGGAGAAAGAGGACGAGGAGAGGGUCGCCCGGGGUGAGGCGCCGUCGGAGAAGGGGCCGCAGUGGAGGCCUGGUGUCGCCUAUGAAGGGAAACAGCUAGCCACAUCUCACAACUUCCACAAGGGUGUUGACGUGUUCGCCAAACCAGAGCAGGGUUCUGGAUCGAGCGAUGACAGCGAUGGUGCUGGGGGAACACUGGGCGAGUCGGCGGCGGCGAAGAAAGAAAGGCGGGAGGCAAAGCGGAAAAGAAAAGAAGCUCGAGCGGAUGCGCGGGAGCGGAAGAAGAGGGACAAGGAGUCCUCCGCCGGGGGCGACGGCAGCGACGGCCACCACAAGAAGAAAAAGAGCAAACGCCACAAGAAGGAUGAGAAGAAAGAGGAGAAGAAGGAAGGCCGAGCCCACGGCAAGGACGAAAAAACCAGAAGCAGCGAACAUCCACGGGCCGGCAACGGCGGACGGGGUGAGGAGAGGGUCGGCGGACGACACGAUCAUCGUCGCGGCAAGGAGCCACCGACGGGCCGCAGCAGCGGCGCCGACGCGAGCGGGGCUUGGGAGCGAGGCGCACGCGCGCCCGGCGAUGGCCCGUCUUCCGGUGGCACCCCCUUUUCUUCUUCUUCGCAACCUUCAGGUCGUGCCCCGGCGUUGGCACCACCAGUCCCUCUGUCUUCGGGCAAUGUCAUGGAUUGGAGGGGACUGGGCGGGCGCGCCGCCGGCGGACGGGGGGGAGGGAGGGGGGGCGGGCGGGGGGGUAGGGAGGGGGCCGGGCGAGGCAGAGGGGGCCCGCAGAGUGGCGGGCGCGGUAGAGAAGGGAUGAACUCGAUGGGCGGUAUGGAUCGUCGGCGGUAG